AUGAAUUCCAAGGGGUUUCUUUUUCUAGCCAUGUUGUUGGCUUCCAUACUUCUCAUCUCAGCUGAGAAAUCUCACCAAAAAGAUGAUAAAGCAAAUGGGAUAGAUGAAAGCAAAGGCUAUUACGGAGGAGGUUGGGGUUAUGGUGGUCCAUGGCGUGGUGGAGGAUGGGGUUACGGCGGCGGCCCAUGGCGUGGUGGAGGAUGGGGAUACGGAGGCCGUGGUGGAGGAUGGGGAUACGGAGGUCGUGGUGGCGGCUGGGGAGGUGGUUAUGGUGGACCAUGGCGUGGUGGCGGUGGCUGGGGCGGUGGCUGGCCAAAAGAACACACCGAUGCUGAACCUCAAAAUUAA